UACAUUCAAACCCGGGCCGUCUCCACACGGACACCCCCACACAUCACAUAAAUGGUUCCGUCCAGCGGCGCCUGAUGACGUUUCUCAUUCCGGCGGGGAUUUUCAGUGCGGAGCUACCCGAGCCGAACCGAGCUGAACCAAGCAGAGCCGAACCAAGCAGAGCCGAACCAAGCAGAACCGAGCUGAACCGAACCAAGCCGAGCUGAACCGAACCAAGCAGAGCCGAACCAAGCCGAGCCGAGCUGAACCGAACCAAGCCGAGCCGAACCGAGCAGAGCAGAGCAGAGCCAAACAGGGCUUACCUGCCCUGAGUGAAGCCGUGCCUGGAACAGCAAGACCUCAGCGGGGAGAUGGACUGGAAACACCUGGAGAUGAGCCCAAAGAUCAGAGCCGGGGUGAGGAGAGCUAAACUGAGGUCCGUCAGCGACGUGCUAUGUGUUUCUGGACCGGACCUGCAGAGACUGACCCGUCUGUCCCGGUCAGACAUCCAGGAACUGCUCACCACCGCCGCCACUGCCUGCAGACGUCACCCUCCAGUUCCAGCCCUUCAGCUACUGCGUGGAGAGUGCCGCAGGUUAGAGUCCGGCCUCAGACUCAGUGUUGGCUGCCCCGUACUGGACGAGCUGCUGAGAGGCGGUCUCCCUGUGGGGGGCGUCACUGAGCUGUCGGGAGAGAGCGGAGCAGGAAAGACUCAGCUGGCCCUGCAGCUCUGUCUGUCUGUGCUGUACCCACCACAGUACGGAGGACUGAACUCAGGAGCAGUGUAUAUCUGCACUGAGGACUCGUUUCCCAUCAGACGUCUGCAGCAGCUGAUCAGAGAACAGUCUGAGCUGCGCUCUGACGUCCCCUCGUCCCUGAUCAGCGGACUGCGGUUCAGUGACCACGUUUACAUCGAGCACGCUGCAGACCUGGACUCACUCCAGGUGUGUCUGUCCCGCCGGGUCCCCCUCUUGCUGGCUCGGGGUCUGGUCCGGCUCCUGGUGGUCGACUCGGUGGCGGCUCUGUUCAGGUGUGAGUUCCAGGCUGCUGAUUGGUUGGAGAGGACCAAACAGCUGCUCAGCUUCUCCUCCACACUGCACCACCUGAGCCUGGAGUUCACCACACCUGUUCUCUGCAUAAACCAGGUGACCGACGUGUUCGACAGCUCAGGCGACAGUUUGGGCCCUUUGUCUUCUAAUGUGUCACCGGCUCUGGGGUUGGCCUGGGCCAAUCAGGUGAUGGUUCGACUGAUGAUGCGGCGCCUUCACAUGACGGUUGCCCGUGGCGACCAGUGCAGCGUCCUCCGCAGGCUGGAGGUGAUGUUCGCUCCUCAUCUGGCCCGAGACGGACGAAACGUUGCUGUGUGGAGGGAAGGCGUCCAAGGAGUCUCUGACACACAGAUGGACACGUAAAAGGACACGCAGUAGGACACAGACAAAAGUCCUUUUUUAAAAAAAUGUAAAAUUGGAUGUAACAUGUUUAUAAUAAAAAGUUUAAAUAAAGCGAUGAUGUAACUGAAGUUUUCUACACACUGUGCGUACCCGAGGACACGUGGACCACGCCGCGCGGACACAUGGACAGGAGUGAAAGGACAGCUGUGAGCUCAUUGGCUGAGCUCUGAUCUUGUAUAUUGUCUAAUCUAAAAUAAAAUGACAUCAUCAUCGAUCACCAGAAGUCUGUAGCAAUUGGUUCUU